AUGUCUCAGUUUCAACUCGAACAAUCGUCAGUAAUCAAAACCGCGCCGCCCGGCGGACGACAGCUCGAGUUUCCCAAGAAUGAGCCGAUCGACAUCGCGCCGCUCGCCACCAAUCUUCAAGACCUUUCCAAAAUGCAAAACAUUGAUUAUUAUUCAACACCGAUGCCACAAUACACGAGGGUCUAUGAGUAUACUGUCGGACACGCCGGUCAGCCGUUCAUCUCGACACAUCCCGGCUCGGCCGGCGCUCAACCGAUCUACUAUCCGACGGUGUUGGCAAACACUGUCCAACAGGAUUGGGGACGUCAGAUGGACGCGGCAGCUUAUGCAAAUCAGUAUUCGAGGAAUGCCACACAACAGUACGCACAGCAAGUGGCUGAAAAUGAGCGAAUCGUCUAUAAAGCAGUCGACAUGCCGAGUCCCGUUGAUUCAGGCAUCGGCGGCGACAUUUCAUUGCUUGCCAAUCCCAAAGAAGAGUUCUUCAAUUCGUCCGAUGGCGGAAUCAUGGAAAGAAGUAGCGAACGAACGCUUAGCCAUCGAGAUUCGCCAUUAAUUAUUCCGAAAUUGCACAAUUCCCUUGGAUUCCAAUACGUCCUUGAAGCCCCGAUAUCAACGUCAGUUCGAAAAGAAGACGAUCGAAUGACAUAUGUGAAUAAAGGCCAAUUUUAUACAGUCUCGUUGGAUUAUAUUCCCGACCCUUGUAAACCUUUAAAGAAUGUUACUGUUAAGAGCCAGCUGAUGAUUGUGUUCCGAGAGGAUAAAACCUAUGAGGAAGAGAUCAAAACCUGGCAAUUUUGGCACUCUAGGCAGCACUCGUCGAAACAGAGAAUCCUUGAAGUUGACAGUAAGAACAGUUCAGGAAUGAUCGGACAAAUCGAGGAAAUCGCCCAUAACGCGGUUCAGUUUUAUUGGAAUCCGUCAGAACAGAAUGGAGUGAAGAUUAGUAUAGCAGUUCAAUGCUUGUCGACGGAUUUCUCGAAUCAAAAAGGUGUCAAGGGUCUGCCGCUUCACGUGCAAAUCGACACCUACGACGGCGAGAGCGACAAAUUGCCGUUCCAUCGCGGCUAUUGUCAAAUCAAGGUGUUCUGCGACAAGGGCGCUGAGCGCAAACUCCGCGACGAAGACAAACGUGCGCAGAAGCGAAAACUCGCAGGUAAACGCGUCGGUGCCAAUCGCAAAAUGUUGCACGAGAAUCGACGCGACGAGAAGCGUCGCAUGCAAGAAUUCGCAUCUGCAGGAGCGCUGUCAGGCCGCAAAAAGUCGGAAGGCGAAUAUCACGAGCAAUGCGAUCGAUCCGAAUUCUAUCAUAUGCGGGAGCUCGACAAACCGGCGGCGUUGUUCAUUGCGCCGGAUGAGUUCGACACGAGAUAUGUGGACAACACGAGCAUCAGCUUCGACAUGAGCGACAUGGAGCCGGUGGCGAAACGACCGCGUCCUUCUGAAAGGAUAAUGUUGUACAUUCGGAAGCAAGAGGAGCAAAUCUAUCAGCCGCUUCACGUCGUCCCAUCGACAUUAGUUGGUCUCGCUCACGCAAUCGCCAAUAAAUUCAAUGUGGAUCCCGAAAAGAUGAGCGGCGUGUACAAGCGAUGCGCCAAAGGGAUCACCGUCAAAAUGGACGAAGACAUGCUGCGGCAUUACUGCAACGAGGACACGUUCAUCAUCGACGUUGAGCCGUCGGCAGAGAUGCCCGGCUCGUUCGCCGCCACCCUCGUCGAGGUCUCGCCGCAACAGUACGCCAAUUCGUCAUGA